AUGUCGUCUUGCCCACUUUGCGGCUACGGCAUCAGCACGUUCGCAAUCUCCCUUGACGCCGAGUUUGUCAUGUGCGGGAACGAAAACUGCACAUAUCCAUUUGAAGAAGACGCCAAGGUCAUCCGUGCCGCGGUUACCGACAAACGAUCUCCAGAAGCUAUUGCCGUUGCUCGGAAAAGGAAGGCACAGUCGUUGGUGUCACCGGACACGAAGGCAACAGCCAAAAAAUCGAAAAUGGACGGUCAACGAAAGACUACGCCACCAACGGCCGUAUCUGCUGGGCCUUCCUCAUGCAGUGUUAAGCCGCUCGCCAAACUGACUUCUGCAGCACCCGUCAAAUCUCCAUCAACAUUAACGGCAGUACCACCAAACCCUGUCAGAGCGCAUUUGACAGCAAGGGUUCCUGCAACGCCUGCCGAUCAGCUUACGCUUUCAGAUCUGCGGUCUGUCGACGCUUCUUUGGCGCCCAAGGUUGGACAGAGCGCUAUACCUGCUAGCGGCCAGACAAACGCGACAACCUCGAACAACCUUUUGUCGUCUAUUCCGGAUUUUGAAAACGUUGUUGACUCGACAGUUACCUCCCCAACGAUACUAUCGACCGCAUUGGGCACGUCGUCCACUAGAACCUCCGCAAAGCCAGCAAAGUUAUCGACAUCAUCCACAGCAAACUUUGCAACACCCGCGUCUACUCCAUUAUCAUCACCUACCGAACUGCUUUCAGCAUCCGAUUUCUUUUCGGUCGACGCCGCCAUGGUGACAACAGCCGAGCUUACGAGUACACCUGCAGCAACUCCACCAGACACGACGUCUCAUUCGGACGCCCAUGCGCUCUCCGAUUUCCUUUCAUCCAUUCCGGAUUUCGACACCACUACCACGGCGAACUUUCCUCCUAACAGCUCCUCGAAUCUGGACGACUUUCACAGCCUCUCUCUGGACUUCUUAGAUACCGAGCCUUGGACACCUCCUGUCACUCCUCCCAACCAACCAUUACCCAUCGACACGCUCUCGUCCAAGCAGAAUCUAGACAUGUCUGCAGCCAAUCUUGAGAGCCUUCUUUUUGACAACGACUUUGAAAUCGCCUUUGAUCAGGAAUUCUCGGCGGAACUUCAAGCCGUUCUCCAAGGGUAA